AUGGUACGUGGGCUGGUGCGGAUUAGAUUGGCACGGUUUGGAAGAAGGAACAAUCCCGUAUAUAACAUUGUAGUGGCAAAUGCAAGUAAGGCAAGAGAUGCUAAGCCGAUAGAGGUACUUGGGACGUACAAUCCUGUACCUAAAUGGGAGAGUCCCACGGAUCGAUUGAAGGGUGUAAUGCCCAUCAAGGAAGUGAAUCUGAAUUUUGGACGGUCGAAGUACUGGAUUGGUGUCGGUGCACAACCUAGUGACACUGUGACACGAAUAUUUAAAAAAUGUGGUAUAUUGGAUGAGAAUUGGGGGUCCAUGCAUAAUAUUAUUGAGAGAGAGACAAUAUCACCACCGACAGAAAUUGACUAG